AUGUUUGAAUAUCAAUUUUCUCGGCCUUCGGUUAGGACGAUUGUUCCACCCGAACAACGUGGAAGUGAAGGUUCAUUUAAUCGAAUUCAGUAUCAUCAAUUUGGGAAUCAUCGUAACUCUCUAAAUCAAAAUCAUCAGCGUCAACAGCAACACUCGCAAAAUCAAGCGCAACAUAAACGUCAUAACAGUUAUAAUUUUCAUGAUCGGUAUAAUACAAAUAAUAGGCAACAAUCAUUUUCUUAUCUUAGAGAAGAACAACAUAAAGUGUAUCAUCCAAAUCAAUCUCAAAAUCGUAAACAGAUCGCCUUACCACCUUGUAUUCCACCACCUUCUACAACAUCUUUUAUUACUGAACAAUCAUAUGCUUCAAAGGUCAAAAAUCAAAAUAUUACUUUACCCCCUAUUAUACAGUUACCUAAACAACACGUUGAUUUCAUUUCUUGUAAUCUUCCCUAUGAAGAAGGAAAGUUAAUUGAGGGAUUAAGGAUUGUUGUCGGUCCGGUUGUUGAACCUGAUUACAAUAUCUUUUGCGAGUCAAGGGUUGUACAUAAUCUUCUUCAAAAGAAGGAUAGUAUUGAAAGCGUGUCACAUGAAAAAUUUACCGAAGCAAGGCACAAAUCAAAUCCAUAUGAAAAAGUUGGCAAUUCAAUUUUCAUGAAUAGAGCUGCCGUAAAGUUGGCGUGUUUGGAUUCUCUAAUUGGCCUUACUACAAUUAAAAGUUAUGAUCCAGAUAAAGAUCAUGUAUUUUGUUUUGCGGAUAUAUGUGGUGGACCAGGAGGAUUUACAGAAUAUUUGCUAUGGCGUAAACUCUCCUGGGGAGAACAAGUUUCUGGAUGGGGAAUUACUCUAAACAAUGUGCAAAAUUUUGAUUUAAAUAGAUUUUAUUAUGAAACUAAUCCAAGAAAAUAUUUUAAACCGUGUUAUGGAGCUGAUGACACAGGUGAUUUGUAUAAAGAAGACAAUAUCAAGGAUUUUGCAAGGACGAUAAAAGAUGGGACUCGAGGAAUUGGUGUAGAUUUAGUAACAGCUGAUGGGGGAUUUGAUGUAAGAGGACAGGAGCAAUAUCAAGAAAUUCAUUUAAAACAACUUAUAUUAUGUCAAGUGGUUACAAUGUUUAUGAUACUCCGAAAAAAUGGUGAUUUUGUAUUAAAGUUAUUUGAUAUUUUUACACCAUUUACUGGAGGUAUCGUAUGGAUAUUAUAUCGUCACUUUGAAAAGAUCUGUAUAAUUAAACCAUUAUCGAGUAGGCCGGCAAAUUCAGAAAGAUAUAUAAUCUGUCAAAAUUUACGAGAAAAUAAUCCAGCAAUCUUAUGCCACCUUUUUAAAGUGAAUCAAAGAUUUAAUGAACUUAAAACGACGAACAAAUCAACUUUAUCACCAAAAACCAAAUCAUCCCUUAAUCGAUUAUUUAUGCGAGAAUUUCAAUCUUCGUAUUCACGAAAUUCGAAAAUACCAACAUUACCAAAGGAGGAUAUAAAUGAAAUUAUUGAUAUUUCAGAAAUUAAUAAAGAUCAAAAAUUUUUGAGAUAUAUCAAACAAAAGAACAUCGAAAUUGCUAAAAGUCAGAUUAAAGCUAUUGAACAAUUGUUGAAUCUCGUCAAGAAUUCAGAAACGAAACCACCUAAUCAGGAUGAAUUUAAAAAACUUUGUUUGCGAGAAUGGGGAUUACCAAGUGAAGAAUGA